AGCCAGCCAACUCUGUUUUUUAUUUGUUUUUGUUAACCAGGCAAGCAAACGAGAAGAUUUCAGCUAUUUCCUCAACCUAAGAUGUGUCUGUAACAGCAGUUAAACCAGCAAAAAUUGCCAAUCAAGACUGUUUUCCUCAACAAUUCCUUGGGCACUGUCCGGCCUUUUGGCAAAUGCUUCACUUUCGGUCAGUGAAGGAAAACUCGUCUUCACUGUUGCUUGGAGCUGUAGUAUGAUUCGCCAGGCAGAUUGCUAAAAUAACUUUGUUUGCUCUUUCUUGCAACUGACCGGAGGGAAAAAACCCAAAUUACAUUAUAGUUCAUUGUCGAAUGAUCCUGGUGCUCGGAUCCCUGUAUCCGAGCUGAUUAUUCUGCAUUUUUGUAUAUUUAUUUUAAAAAAAUGAAGGUUGCAGUGUUGGACUUGGGAACCAUAUUUGCAAAGAUCUUCACGACCUCUGGUUCUCCUGUGGUACAUCCAGCUGGUUCUUCAAGCAGCGGGUCCCCAGCCUCUCCGCGUGGUCCACUGCUCUCUGUGUCUUCAUCUAAAGCAACACUCUUCACGUCUUCCCUGUUCAAUGCCUCAGGGAAAGCCUCAGUGCUGGCUGGGGCGGCCUCUGGUCCCGAGUACUCAGCCGUGUUGAAAGUGUGCAGCGCCUCUCCGCUUCCCUCGGCCAGUGGGGCGAGAGCGGCCGGGCUGAGCAGUGGGGCUGCAAACCAGACGCCGCUACGACCGCCGCCGCCGCCGAGCUCCAGCUCCAGCUCCAGCCCGGUCGGACCAGGAGCUGCGAAAACCGCGCAAGCUCACAGUGGCGGAGGCGGCAGCGGCAGCAUCAGCAUCGGCAUCGGCGGCAGCGCUGCGAUGGGCAGCGCGGGAAGGUCUUCCGGACACGUCGCGGACAAUAUUAGCUGGAACCCGCCCAACAAACAGUAUCCCUUCGCUUUACCCGACAUCGGCGAAGAGUGGCUCACGGACACCGAGUCAGUGGAAGGUAGCAACGAAAAGAAAGGUUUAUCAAAAGGAAACACUGACUAUCUUCCUGAGAAAACAAGCGAUUCUCUUCCAACUAAUUUCACAAAUCGUGUCCAAGGAGCAAUUCAUAGUUACAACAGUAGUGAAUCCAUUGCAUCAGAAUCGUCUGCUGGCCAUAGUCCUCCAACAGACCUUAACAAUUCCUGGUUUGGAAUUCAAAGCUAUACGACAAGCCUGUCCACUGAAUGUAGUUCAGUGUACUCCUGGAGAGAUGAUGAAUUUGACAAAGCAAACACGCAGACAGUGCAUCAACUUUUCUGGGAAAUCGAUGAGAUGCUGUUUGAGGGAAAGGUGAGCAGUCGUACUGAAAGCAUUCAAACUGAGUGUCGAGAAUGGACAGAACGUUCGCCCCAGCUUAGGAUAUUGGGAACCCAACUCUUGCUGCCAAAAGAUGAAGGUUUCCAGCAUUUCCAGAGCAGAGGAAACAGCUCGAUGGUAACUAGAACGUUACCUAGUUCCUGUGAAAGCACCAGCGAUGUGAAAGAGCUUAGCCUCUCAGGAGUACGUCUGCUUCCUACACACUCUCCCUUCAACAGCUCAAACUCCACAAUGAGUUCCCUUGACUCGGAUUGCUCUGUUUUCUCAUUCCUAGAAGAGGAGAUUUAUGAUGUGGAUGGUAAAAUUGAGGAGUAUUUUGCAUACGACAGUAAAGAAUGUAUUAGCGAAGAUGAGAGUUUAGAACAAAAGAAAGAUCAAGUUGCUCUGAGGAGAAAUAAACGGGGCAUUCCUCCCAUUUCUCCCAAUGCCUGCAUUAAAGAUGCUGUAUCUGCAGAGAUAUUUAAUGAUAUCUGGCGAGAUGUGAUUGAUGUAUUGGAAGAGCUAAUCAGGAAACACUGGCAAAACAACAUUUCAGGUGAGACAAAGCAAGCAGCAACCAUGCAGAGUUCAAUAAUGAGUAAACUGCCUCACAUCAACGACUCGCGAUUCAUUCUAACAAACUAUAGCGUUCCACCAUCAAGAGGUUCUGAGGCACGAUUCUUGGCACUAGGUACCUCCUCCUUCCAUUCUCAGGCUCAUCGUAUGGCAAACUCUUCUCGUAAUAAUUUAAAUGGUGUCAUGACGAUUCAAGCCAAGCCGCUUCAACAGAGACACGUGGGAUUUACUGAAAAAGCACAAUGUGACCAAGAUGACAAACAGCUAAGUACGGGCUCUGGUGUUUUGUCUACUGCAAGAAAUCGUGUGGGACGGACUGCGGAACACAGCGUUCUUUCAGCAUCCCGCAUCAUUCAGGCAUCUGCAAGAAAGACGGUGACACAACGAAAGCUGCCAUCACUUAGUUCAGAACUGCUAAAAUUGAAAGCCGCCAAUGUCUACAGUGAUGAGAUUCUUCGGGGAACUAAAUUUACAAAUGCUUCUGCAACUUACAAGAGCUCUCAACAUGUUGAAGUAAUUGCAAAAGCCCACAGUGCUGCAAGGCAUCAGGCAUAUCAGCCCUUCACACUAAAGAGACAUUCUGGAUUAGAUCAACUCUCUUCUCCUUCAGCACAAACAACUCGUCAUAACCAAUUACCACCUAUUAAUUCAGAUUCGGCAGAAAUGCACUUUCCCAUGCCUGUAUCAAGACAACUGAGAGGAAGAUUUCCACAUAGCCGAGUGUCAAGUGCAGUUGGAGAAGGCUCAGGCCGUCGGCCUCUCAGGGAGAGACCAAUUGCUUUGGACACAUCUUCAAGGCCAAAUACAACGCACACAUUUCGGUCUGAUACGCCUUUCAAGAGGUCGUUUACACCUAUGGACUAUGCCAGCCAAGCACGAUUAGGGCGGGCUUCCUUUACAGAUCGUGCUGGUAUUGGUGUGACUGGCAUCAGCUUAGGAAUUUCUGCCUCUAGUUCCAAUUAUCACACUGAUUUCGUACAUCAUCAUCACCACUUGUCAAACCAGCCACCCGCAGAAGGAGAUGAGGAAGAAUAUCGAACAAUGUGGGGACCACAAGUACAUCUCCAGUCCAAAACCUUCAACCGAUUUCCAACAAAUUCAAAAAAGCGAUCGCAGGUGGUUUCGUAGGUACAGUAAGUCCACUGACUGGAGAAAUGAGACUACAGAGGUGACAAAGACAAUGUGAGGUCACAGACAACACUUGGAAGACACCCGACUUAAAGAAAACAAGAUGAAAAUCCAAAGAGUUUGAAGUGAAAAGACUUGCUUCAAUGAUCCUCAAUGGUUUCAAACAAUUAAUAAUACACAGAGUAUUAGUUGUCUUCCUAUUAAUUAAUAUCCAUUAAGCAAACUAUGCAACCAAAGCAUUUUUUUUACAGGAACUCUCCAGGCAAUUUGUCAGGACUUUAGGUAAUUCACUCUGGGAUUGUAGCAUUUGCAGAUAUCCUAUUGGAAAACCUGACUCCAUAGGUAGAGGACAGGAUUGGUGUUGGGGUAGCGUGUGGGGUUGGUCUGUUACACCCGGGCAACUGCCUGAGCUUGCACAUACUGAGCGGCAGGAAACUCAAUCCUCUGACAUGAGAAGCUAGCUCCACACUGCCUUACAUCUUUUUUUUUGUGACCCUUUCAUUGGUUCUAAUAUACUGUUAAUACCUCAAUAGGUAACCUACAGAAAGGCAGCUAGUUAGUACAUCAUGUGUUAACUAAAACAGAAUAGUUAUUGUUGAAACUUUAUGCUUAUUGAAUGCAAUGUGAGCAAACUAAAAGGAAAUAUUUAGUUUGUAGUUAAGCUACAGAAAUGCAUUUUUUCCCUUUUUUUGACGAAUACAACAUGUUGUAGAUUAUCAGUAUGCAAAGACAAAUUUAUGGCAUGCAUUUGCCAUUUUUCUCAAAUUUCACUGAGGCUACAUGAGUUUUAUUUUAUUUAUAUUAUUUAUAAAUGAAAAAUAUGUUUCUAAGGUAUUUUAAUAAUGUCUUGCACAUUUCAUUCCCAAAUGUAUUUAAUAUUACGUAAUCUAUUUAUUGUAUAUUGUAUUCAAAUACUCUAUGCAAUGGCAACAACGGAGCUCGUAAACACUGGAAGCCAAUAAUCUUUCCCUGUAAUUUGUUCAAAUUUUAUCAUGUUGUGAUUGAAUGGUGGAUUCAAAUUUUAAAUUGAUCACUCAAUCCUAAUUCAUUAGGCCAAAUCUUACUGAAGAAGGGCAUCUUGCUCAAAGUGCUUUCAAUUAGGAAUCAUAUUUUCCUAUGGUGAAGAUAAAUGGACAAUUGUUAUUCUAUGUUCGUUCUUCUGGGUGAGAUGCUAACUGCGUUUCGUUGUCUCUGUACUGUACACUGCACAAUGACAAUAAAGAUUUCAUCUGAAUCUGAAUCUGACAAUUAAUGGGCGAGCUAGCUUAAAAAAGAGAAAUGCCAAGGAUGAGAUGCUAUUUGUACAAAGUAAUAUAAAUCAAUCACCAAGAAUUGGGAAUGUGCAACAGCAUAUUUUCAAUUUUCUCAACAGGUUGGCUGAUUUGUGUACUAAUAUCUGCAUCAGUUUGUUUUAUUCUUGUUCAACUUUGUUUAAUUUUCCAGAAAGAUUUGGCCCAUGAUUUAAAAAAGAGAUGGUGAAGUGAGGAUCAACUGUUUUUUGUAAUUGGUCGAGACAAGUUUUGAUUGUGUUUUGAAGCAUUAAUUUGCCAAAUUUAGUUUGGAACUGUGCGCGUGUACAGUGAUUUUAAAAUGUACAGUUUGUGAUAUUGGCAGAUGAAUAUUUAAUUCAUUUGUAUGAUAUUCCUCUGCUACUUAUUUUAGUUGAGUAUUUCCAUUGCCUCUGUUGAAGCAGAACACCUUUCACAGAAAUUACAGUAUGAUUUUUUUAAGUGUCUUUACCAUCAUUGUAAACUCUGACCACCAUUGUAAUCUCUGACUAAUACUGUUUGGAUUUUAUGGUGAGUCAUAAAAUAUGUUUUUAUAGAUACAAAAUAAUUUUGUUAUUUCAGAAAUCUUUCUUUGAUUCUUUGUGUAAAUAAACAAUGUUUCUUGAUCCAAUAAGAA